UCAUUUGAAGUUUUGUAUAAUAUUUUUUUUAUAUAAGAGUAUUUUAUUUAUAUAUUUUUUUCUAUCAAAUUAUAUAAAUACAUAUAUAUUCUUUUUGGAAGCUUUUUUUAUGGGAACGGUAAAGAAGCCACCAAAAAUAUAUGAAUGCAAGCAGCUCCUAGAACCAGUCUGUAAAGAACCACCAGAAGAAAAAUUCGAUCCUAGAAGUUACUGUCACAGCCUUUUAUCCAGAACAGGAAAGGUUUGCAAGAAAGCCGUUUGCCGAAAAUUUCUGAAAACUAAUGAACAGAAAACUAAAACCGAAAUCGUUUGUAUUCCUAGACCUCCAUGCAAGAUAAAAAGGCACUUCGGUCCAAAAUCUGAGACCGAAGAUGAAGACGAGGAAGAGCAAUUCUUCAGAAUGUUUGGUUCCCAGUUGGGGCUUGCCCUGGACGAAGGCACAGUUUCUGAAACUGAUAUUCUAAAGGGAAGAAUCAAAGGUCAGAAUCGUGUGACAAGAGAUGGAAGAUUGGUAAGAGAUGACGAAUAUGAAGAAUUCAUCGACGAAAAAGGAAACGUAAUAAGGAAAAGGAAACAUUCAGGUGUUCGAGGCCCACCUGGUGGAGGUGGUCGAAGCACUCCGUUUGGAAUUGUACAAGAUGAGGAAACAGCCGCACUGCUAGAAAAUUUAUCGAAUUUUUUGGAUGCUGAAGGAAUGGCAACAAUAGCUGCUUUGGGUGGUGCUGAUAUUUGUCCUUGUUGCCUUUGUACAAUCUGCCAAUGUAAACUGAGAGGGAUCACAUCGGAAAUGCUUUUGGCCCAGAGGAAAAGAGCCACGAUCGAGAAGAAAUUAAAAUCUUGGGGAAAGGAGGGUUAUGUUUGGUCAUUUGACUACUACUAUAAACCUGACUUUGAAUACUACGAAAAACAAAGAGAAGAACGGAAGAAACAAGAAGAGAUGGAAGAAAUUGAAAAAGAAGUUAUGUCGCUAAAAAUGGAGGCGAAAUUGAAAGAAGAUGAGUCAGCCGAUGAAUUCUUCGAUGAGACACGUACCGAAGGAGUAACAGUCAUCGAAGAAAUGGUGAAAACAGGAGAAGUUCAAGCUACACCAAGUAUCAUGGAGGAAGAAAUUCAAGUGGGAGAUUUCCCUACAGAAGGUUCCGAGAGAGGUGUGCAAGCUGUUUGGACUCCAGAUGAUGAAAUUGAUGAAUCGAUGCCUUCUCAGGAAAUAGCUGGAUCACUCAUUCCUCAAAGUAUUACUGAAGAUACUGCCAUCAGUGAAUACGUUAGGAGUACACUAAGAUCCUCAAUCGAGUCAUGGGUAGAAACAAGAGAACCAUUACUCGAAGGACGUAGACCAACGACACUCACAGGUGCUUCAAUUGAACCGUUAGAUAUAGCAUUUCCAGCGGCUGAAAUUCAAGGUGAAAUUAGGAUCAUAAGUGAAGAAAAACCUGAACAAGAUGACCCCAAAAAAGGGGAGAAAGAUGAAAAAAAGCCAAAAAUAGGGAAAACAAAGAAAGUUAGCGAAUUGGAUGUGUUCACACCAGUACUGAAACGAAAACCUUCGAUGGAAGAAACAAAAUACGAAUCCAUUGAAUCUGAAACAGUUUCAUUGAAGGUAACCUCGGGCAAAGGCAAGCGAGAAAGGGAUGCAUCUAUAGACUGGGAAAAGGCUACAUUUGCUGAGGACGCUGAAAUUGCAAAGAUAGCGAAGGCUCGCGCAUUAGCCAAACAACAAAGUGUUUGUGACUGUCUACCCGGACUUUGUACUUGUGGAGCUCAACAUUAUGUGUUCAAGGAAGAUUUCGGUGUCGGUGUCAGUGUCGAUAUCGGUACUGAAACUAAACCGUCCACGAAAAGAAAAGGAGUUCAAACAGGAGCAGACUUUGAAACAAAGGUUAAGAGAAAGGAUGAUGUAGAAGAUGUUUCUGGAAAAUCAUCGUGCAUCUGUUUCCAUCCCUGGGAAGAAGAUGACUUGAUGAAAGUCACGCCAGCUGCCAGUAUAUUCGUAGAAAGGAUUCAAAUGCCACGUAAACCGAAGAAAAGAGUUGUCUGUACACAACCAAAAUUUCAGAAGACCAUAAUCAUUGUAAAGCCUGAGGCAAUGAAUUUCAAAGACGUAAUCAUCAGAACUAUCAAGAAAGAAGGUCUCGACAUUGUAGACGAAAGACUGGUUCGGCUCACUCCGGAACAAGUAUCAGAAGUCUAUAGUGAAAAUUAUGGAAGCUCUUACUUCCCAAUGUUCGUUCAGAAAAUGAGCUCCACUCCUAUAUUAGUGCUAUGCGUUGCGGGAAAUUACGCUGUUGACCGAUGGAAAUAUAUAAUAGGCCAGGGAGAGGUGAUACCUUCCUCUUGGUUCUAUCCAGAAAGUAUAAAGCGAAGAUUUGGAAUUCAUUGUGAUAUUUAUGGAGCUAUGAGGACUUCCACCAAUUUUCAUACCGCAAGAAACGAAAUCAGAUACUUCUUUCCCUUAGAUAUCAUCGAACCAAUUAUCAUUGAAUCAGUCGAAGUUCAGGAUUAUUGUGAUACGUACAUCCACCCUACCUUACUUAAAGCACUCUUCAAGAUCGUAGAUGAAAAACCUGAAGAUCCUCUCCUUUUUUUAGCCGAAUGGUUAUUGAGAAAUAACCCUUUUCAACCUCAUUACUUGGAUUCGUUGGUGGCUUUGGCCCCUACCUAAACUCCUUUCGAUUAAUAUAUUUUUGUUAGUUUUUUUUUUAUGUUUGUUUGAAUUUUUCAUAGACAACCAAGUAUUCUGUUUAUUUAACUUAAACUGAGAAUAAUAUGAAAUGUACUAAAUGAUAACCAAUAUACAUAUAUACCCACA